UGGGCGAAAGCUGUUUUACCGUCUGGCAACACUUGGUUUUGGUUCCUCCUCUCGAGAUAUUAGAUUGCCGGCAUUGUUAUUAACCGAUUUUAAGCGAUAUUUUGAGGAUAAACUCAGUAACUGGGAAUAAGGAUACAUAAUAGCCAGUCGCCAUGGACGACCAGGCGUGCCCGCGGUGUAAGACCACCAAAUACCGCAAUCCGUCGCUCAAACUGAUGGUCAACGUUUGCGGCCACACUUUGUGCGAGUCUUGCGUGGAUUUGCUGUUCUUGAAAGGAUCGGGCGCUUGUCCGGAGUGUAUGGUGCCUCUGCGGCGCAACAACUUUCGGGUCCAGCUCUUUGAGGAUCCCAUGGUGGAGAAGGAGGUUGACAUUCGCAGGCGAAUCCUGCGCGACUACAACAAACGUGAGGAGGACUUUGCGUCCCUUGCGGAGUACAACGAUUACCUGGAGGAGAUCGAGGACAUUGUGUACAAUUUGUGCAACAACAUCGAGAUCAUCGAGACAAACAAGCGGAUUGAGGCCUACAAGCGGGACAAUCGCGAGGUCAUCCAGCGCAACAAAACUCGUGUGGGUCGCGAUGAGUAUGCUCUGGAAGAGAUGCUGGAACUGGAGAAAGUGCAGGAAGAGGCGCGUCGGAAGGAGCUCGAGGAGCUGGAAAACGAGCAUAAGAAGAAGAAGGCCCGCGACAAGCAGGCUCUGAUUGAGGAGCUGAUGUAUAGCGGCAAGGACGCUGCGCAGAUCGUGACUGAAUUCGCUGAAAAGGCGGAAAAGCAACGUGAGGAGGAAAAGCAACUUCCUCCACCGAAGCCAGCCAACGAGUUCUCCACGGGCAUCAAGUUCGGCCAGACAGCUGACCCCAGUCUACUGCCCGUUCCCAAGUCGGAAGAGGGUCCACUGUUUGUCUACGAGCCCCUGAUUGCCAUAACUGAAGGACCCGCUAUGCCGUCCAGCAAUGAGAUCAUGGCAAUGGGUUAUACAGCACACAUACGAGCAGAGACGCCGCAGGAAAAUGCUGGUGGAUUCACCUCGACUGUGGCCUGCGAAAGGGCGCUCCAAGAAGCACUGCAGGGACUCUAUUACACGGCCACCGCAGGAAUAGCUGCAGUCACAUAGUAGUCCAGUAGAUAAUGAUUUUAGAUGGUCGCACAACCAGAGCACAGAACGCUUACUUUUGUUGAACAAUUGUGUCCUAUACGAAUCCAUUCAGUUAACUUUUAAUCCACUUAAUAUAUAUGUAUGUUAAUGAAAUAAAUGCUAUAUCCUAUGUUAAAAGGAA